AUGGAAGCGCUUUCAUACUGCAGCAUAAACCUGGAGCUGGAUGCUUCCGAUGCCGAUUAUGCAGCUGAGUUCCUUGACGAAGACGAUCCUAUUGGGAACAUUGAUAAGUUCCCAGACUACGACGAGACAGAACCUGCAGAACCUGAGCAAGAGCCGGAAGCUGACCAUCCUUCAAGUGUUUUGCCGGUACCGAAACGUAAACGAUUGGAGGAAUGUACGUUUCAUUUGAUUAUUUCCUGCUACAAGAAGGAUUUUCGAGGACAACAUCACGACAAAGGUAAAGCGGAUGCGAAGGUGAUUACCAGGGAAUGUCAUGUUUUUGGCAAUUCACCCGAGGAGGUGUUGGAGCAAACUUGGGAGGCUAUUAGGAGUCACACGAGGAGUCACAUUCGCCGGGAGGUAACUGUUUAUGAUGACCAAAGUUUGAAACGAGUUAAGUGGACUGAAGGAGCGGAUCCUGAGGAAGACAUGGAUAAAUUUGUGCUGUUCAAGGACCUUCAACGCAAACGCACAUAUCGAGUAUCUGAUUUGCAGGAAAAACCGGAUGUAAUGAUAAGAUGGAGAUGCAAGGUUAUUGAUGUUUACCUUCAUGUGUAUUCGUUGGCGGUGGCAAAUCCAAAACUGUACGAUCUAGUGCAGCGUGUAGAAGCCCCAGAUGACCCGGACAGAUCAGGAGCAUGCAGUAACAAAUCAUUUCAAGGGUUAAUAAACGAGCUAAAGAGAAUGCAUCCAGAAGUAUCAGCAAAUUCAUUCGUGUGGAACAACUGGGCGGAACAUGUGGAAGCAGCACCGGGAUACAAACGUGACGAUGUGAAGCUGAAUCCACCAGACGACAUUCAAUCGCACUUGAGACCUCCACCGAAUGAUGAUUCAGCAAUUCUGGAAGAAAACCGUCGAGAACUAUUUUUCGCUAAAACUAUAAUUUGUGCCAUGGAAGUUCACAUUCAAGAGCUCAGAGAACAGUCUAUACACCUAACAGCCGCGGCCAAAAAAAUUGAAGAACGGGUAUCGGGAAUGGAAAUACAGCUUAAAAGCUACAACGAAAUGCUGACUUCAAUGCAACGUUCACUUGCACCUGUGGAAAACGAGCUCAGUCGAGCACUGGCGAACUCUGUAACAGCCGCAGAAGAUGUUGAUCAUAUGUGA